CAGAAGCCAAAGCGUGGUGAGAUAAUCGCGGCUAAGGUCACAUGACAUCGCGCGGGUCUCAGCCUUGCGCACAGAAAUCUCGCAAGGCGCAUUAGCGCCAAUGCUUCAAGCUCUAUCUGGGCCAACCUCAACCGCGCGGACCUCGUCUGUAACGCGACCCCACGAUUCCGCACAGCCAUAUCCUCACCCUCACGCACAACCCAGGUCUUCAUCAUUGUCAUUAAGCGCCGCGACACGACGCCAAGAUGACGAGCACUAUCGGUAUUCCUAUUAAGCUGCUGAACGAAGCUCAGGGCCACGUUGUCACACUAGAAAUUACCUCCGGACAAGUCUACCGCGGGAAGCUGCUCGAGGCUGAGGACAACAUGAAUGUGCAGCUCAAGGACAUUACGGUGACGGCCCGCGAUGGACGCGUGUCGCAUCUGGACCAGGUGUACAUCCGAGGGUCGCAUGUGAGGUUCUUUAUUGUGCCUGAUAUGUUGAGGAAUGCUCCGAUGUUCCGCUCCAGGGGCGUAAAGGGACGUGGUGUGGGAUUGGCAAGAGGAAGGGCGACAGUCAGUCGGGCGAGGGCAAGCGGGAGAGGUGCUCCGAGGGGUUAGGCUGGGAUAGGUGGAGAUGGAUUUGGACAUGGUGAUGGCGUUCACGGAAAAGCUGCGGGAUAUGUUAGGGUCUGAAAGAAUUACAAUGAUCUUUCCCACUUUUAGGUUUUGUGGGCCAUAUUUGUAUUCUGUGAUGUUUCCUCGAAGAUGUGAAUUUAUCGCACCAUCUAUGGGCUGUGGAACAUCGAAGGAUAGUUUGUUAAUGUUAGGCCUCUUCCUCGUAUCCCAUGGUUUUAGCAACUACUAGCAGCGAG